UCAGAUGUAGCAUGCUAGUCGUCUUAGCUCGGGUAGCCAAGUUAGUAAAGCGAUUUGAUGAGUGUCAAGCUGUAUGCCAACAUUGUUCAACUGAAGUCGGGUUUGUCUGUGGAAACACUUCAAACAUCAACAACGUCAUUUACUACGACAUCGCCCGAAUGCGUUGAUUAGCGGAACGAGACAAAACCAGACUGGAAAGCGAGUCCUUUUCGCUCAGGCAGCCUCUCACUGCAGAUUCAGACCGUGGCAAAUCAAUAACUAAUGCUAUAGGAGUAUUUAUCGCUGCAGAUGUGCGACCGUACUCGUUGUAGAUAAUACAGAAUUUAAGCAUAUGGUCAAAGGGCUUGAGUCACGCUACAGUGUGGCUUCACGUGUGCGUGUUAGUCAGUCUGUUGUGCUGCUCUGUAUAAACCAGUGUAAGCUGCAGCUCAGGAAUCAUCGACAGUGCGAGGAUGUCGUCCAGGGAAGAUUGUCCAGAUGACGGAGGCUGAGGUGCGUGGCCUCUGCAUCAAGUCCCGGGAGAUCUUCCUCAGUCAGCCCAUCCUUCUGGAGCUAGAGGCUCCGCUCAAAAUCUGUGGUGAUAUCCAUGGACAGUACACAGACCUGCUGAGGCUCUUUGAGUAUGGCGGCUUCCCCCCAGAGGCCAACUACCUGUUCCUGGGUGACUACGUGGACAGAGGGAAGCAGUCUCUGGAGACCAUCUGCCUGCUGCUGGCGUACAAGAUCAAAUACCCUGAGAACUUCUUCCUACUCAGGGGCAACCACGAGUGUGCCUCCAUCAACCGUAUCUAUGGCUUCUACGACGAGUGUAAACGCAGGUUCAACAUCAAGCUGUGGAAGACGUUCACCGACUGCUUCAACUGCCUGCCCAUCGCUGCCAUAGUGGACGAAAAGAUCUUCUGCUGUCACGGAGGUCUCUCUCCCGACCUGCAGUCUAUGGAGCAGAUCAGACGCAUCAUGAGACCCACAGACGUGCCUGACACAGGCCUCCUGUGUGAUCUGCUGUGGUCGGACCCAGACAAGGACGUCCAGGGCUGGGGAGAAAACGACCGCGGCGUCUCCUUCACCUUUGGAGCUGAUGUGGUCAGCAAGUUCCUCAACCGCCACGACCUGGACCUCAUCUGCAGAGCCCACCAGGUGGUAGAAGAUGGUUAUGAGUUCUUUGCCAAGCGGCAGCUGGUGACUCUGUUCUCAGCUCCCAAUUACUGUGGCGAGUUCGACAACGCCGGCGGCAUGAUGAGUGUUGAUGAAACCCUGAUGUGCUCCUUCCAGAUCCUGAAGCCAUCUGAGAAGAAAGCCAAGUACCAGUAUGGAGGGAUGAACUCUGGUCGGCCAGUCACUCCUCCCCGCACAGCCCAACCUCCAAAGAAACGAUGAAGGACAGAGGGAGGAAGAGAUGUAGAAAAUGAGAGAGAGAGAUAAUUGUCAAAGAUUGUCUCCUGUUGGCAGAGGAGAAAACAAAUGAACACAACUAUUUUAAAAGAUGCACCCAAACCUAUCUUUCAUUUAAAAUGUUUCUCCCUCUGAACUGCUGUCACACUCUCCUUCUUCCUCAGUGCUUAUUUUUCUCUGCAUCUGUGUAACAUUUUUAAAAACAAGUGUUAAAAGAAAAAUGAGAAAACAAUACAAGAGUGUCAUUCUGCAGCAUAUCAGAAUGUUUUUUUUCUCUCGUCUUUUUGUCCUUUGCCUUUUAUUUUCUUGAAACAGAAUGACAACUAGUUUAGUUUACCACCUUACCCCCGUCUGUACAGGCACAACAGGUAUUAAUGACGACUGCUGGGUUUUCAAUAAAUAAUACAGGAAAUAAAUCCA